UAUAUAUACGCUCACAUAUAUGCACACGUAUACGUUUGCGCGUUAUACGCGCGACGUCGUCGACGCCUAGCAGGCAGCAGCGAUUCCCUCGACCGCCACCGCGCGUACCGCAUUAUAAAAUAUCGCGCGCGCGGCGCAUAUAACGGCGGCGACGGAAAAAUUUAUUAUUAUUGUUGUUGUUGUUGUUGUUGUAUUGUUCUACAACCGCAGUCGCAGUCCGAGCGUCGCGUCAAAAACUGCGCACGUCGUCACACGGUCGCGCAUUCGCGUAACACGCGCGUAACGCAACGUCGCACAAAAUAUUUUGACAUCGCUUGCCGCGCACGUUGUGCACUGCAGGUCGUCGUCGUGGAACGUCUCUGUCUCGUUGCAGUGUUCUUAGGUUUCCGCGUCAAAAAUAACGGCUCGCGAUCUCGCGUACUGAUAAUAGUAAUAAUAAUAAUAAUAAUAAUAAUAAUUUAAAACCUGUAAACGUCGUUAUAUUAUUAUAAUAUCAUAAAUCGUUUUGGUCGUGUGAUGUACACAAAUAUUAUUGUUAUAAUAUUAUACGCGCGACGCUGUUGAGCUCGACCGAAGUAGUCGCGCGCCGUCCGGACAUUUACGGUCGUCACCGACAUGAAAAAGGCUGCGAGCAAAGUGCGCGACGAAAAGCUGUUGGCCGCGGUGCGUGAUCGACCGGUGCUCUACGAUCAGUCAAUUCACGUGUUCAAAGACUAUGGCGCCAAGAACGCCGCGUGGAAAGAAGUGGCCUCCGCCGUGGUCGGUUCUCAGGACAAACAGGCCGUUGAACGGUUGAAAGUCCGUUGGAAAACCCUACGGGAUGGUUUUGUCAGGCAUUUGAAGAAGAAAAAGACGAUGGAAAUGUAUACUGCGGCGGCAGCCAUGCGCCCGUACAAGCUAGAAAGACAAAUUUCGUUCCUGUUGCCGCAUGUGUCUUUCCGCGACGAGGACGACAACGGCGGUAGCAACGACGAUGAGGACACUUCUUCGCUGCUGAUUACCGACAUCAAGACCAAUGAAUGCGAAUCAUCAGCGUAUGAUCAACAGACAACUACCGAAAUGCUCUACGAACAAUCUAAUAUAGACAAAGCGUGCAACGAACACGAAGCCUUGGACCGCUCUAUACAUUUCCUAUGCGACCAACGGUAUAAACAGGCAGCCGCCACUAAUUACAAAUUGGAAGACAUGGAUUCGGUGGACGCAUUUUUCCAUGCCAUGGCACAAACAGUCAAACAGUUGAAACCCAUCACUGUGGCAAAGAUCAAAAGAGCAGUGUCGAUCAUUGUGUCAAAUGCAGAAAUCGAAGAAAUGGAAACUGUCCCGUGCGGAAGGUUUCCUAUGACCAUUCCUAUCACAAAUGAAUCUAAAAAGUAGAAUUGAAAGUAUUAUGUUAUGUUUGUACAAAAAAUAAAAUUAUGUAUUAUAAAAUUAUUUACAUAUUUACACUAUAAGGAUUUUAUAUUAAACAUAAUAUUUAAGUAUACAAUUUUCAAUGUUAAACUUGAUAAAUGAUAAGAAUA